AUGUCGAUUAAUUAUAUAAGACUCCACUACGGGCCUAUUAAAACUCUUGACGGUAUUGUACAUAGGCCUCAAAAAAUUAGGGGGUUACAAGAUUAUCUGCAAAAAAACAGUUUUCGCGUUGAUACAAUUCGGGUUCAUAUAUUUGAAUAUUGCAUGAUAGAACUUUGCGGUCGUAACGUUUUCCAGUGUAAGGUUAGUAAUUUUGGGUUCAACACACACUGGUCACGAGACGCAUUGUGCCAAACAGCAAUGAAAGUUAUUCUUGAGGCGCGCAUCAAUUUUAUGAGAGUAUGCGUUUAUCAGUGGCUGCACUCAAUGAUCGAAGAAUCAUUCCUCAAUCACAGCAAGUUUGCACCAAAAGAAUAUUGCAUAGACGACAUUAGUGAUAUAAGCAGCAGAGAUAGUACAAUGACCACUGCGACAGAUUAUAAUGUUCAACUUGAAAUGAAUAAAAAAGACCAAACCAAUUUAUCACCACAGCACUACGUAACGUCGAUACGGAAAAGUAUAACAAUAAAGAACAACUUCAAGGAUAGUCGCGAAAGGCGAGUAACAGAAAUGUCUGUCUUCAAUAACCUUUUAAACCAACGAAUCAGAAGUUUAUCGAAUAAUAUGUAUGAUAAGUAUUCAAGACUGGAACUAAAUUCAAGAGAAUCGACGUUGGCCACACUAGUGGAGCAGUCAAGCCCAAAUCCUACUAGCAGUCACGUCCUACAUUCCAGCUUCUUGGAAACAAUACUUACCACAAAUGAGACUAAUAACGAUGGUGUCAUGAUUAGGGUAUCUAAUGAUUCCACAAAAAAUUAUUCCACCGAAAAUGAGAGCUUAGAAGCAAGCAGGCCAAGUCGGCGCUCCGAAAACGACGGCCAUUUUCUCGCAGUCCACUCUGCACUAAGCUUGUAUGCAAGGAACAGUAUGGAAGGGUCUACCAAUUACAUCAACGAGUGUCCUUCCCAGCUAUUUAUGCAACAGUUCAUUGCACAUACUUUCCAAAAGAAGAUACCAACUGAAGUUACUGAUAAUAAUAACUCUAAAGAUGAUUCAAUGGUAGAGGAAAACACAAUCUUAAAGAUUCCAAAAAGCAUUGGUUUUGGGCUAAACGCAUUUGAUUCUUUGAAGGAGAGUAAUGAAGAAACAGAGACUGGCUCCCUAAAUUCCAGAGACCGUCGUUUGGAGUCUUGCCUAUAAACUAUGUCAUUUACAUACAUAGAGUAUGUAACCAGAAAUAGAGAUGAAAAUAAGGGUCAUCCAUCCCUGGCAACUCAUCAGGCAAAUGGGCAUUAUUUCACUUUUAAAUAAUCAACUCUCGUUUGCACUGAAAAAUUCGAAAGCUGAAAAAGUACAAUGCCAACAACUAACC